AUGAUCCUCCAGGUUACCGUCGCUGCAACAGGCGAAUACUUGAUCAGUGCAGCGGGUGAGAUUCAUUUGGAAAAAUGUUUGGAAGACAUGACCAAGUAUUUCGCACCCGACGUGGAGUUACAUAUAUCCACUUUUGUCGUACCGUUUCGCGAAACCCUGAUUGAACCAUCUCCAGUUACGGGAACAACACUGUCUGCCACGGCAAAUGAUUCUCGCAAUCGAGCUGCAAAGAAAAUGGAAUCCAUAUUGCAACGUUUGGAUCAAAUCGGGACUCAGUCGGCACUAGUCCAUGAACCUGGAGCAGACACGUCAAUUCAGGAGCAUACUGAGGACAGUCCGUCCGAAUACAAGGAGCAAAUGGAGCCAGUGGCAAACAGCACAGCUCCAGCCCCGAAGGAUAAAACUGUCAACCCGGAAACGAGGACAGGCAAACAGGCAGCUCGACACACACUCAGCGUGGAUGCGGAUUUGCCCGAAUGUCCAGUUGGAUAUUUUCAACUGCCACACAGCAGAUCUCGCACCAGGGUCCUGAUCCAUGUAAGCAGUCACCCAAUGCCAGAAAAAAUGCUCAAAUGGGUUGAGAAACGGGGCUCGCGAAAAAUUCCGCAACUCAUCCGAGCAUUCAAGACGAAAUCCUCCAAUUACGAAAAUCUAUUGAGCCGUCUGAACGAGGAGUUUACCCAGGUCUGUGAGGCAAUAAUUCGUGAUCCAACCGACACAGCUGCCACAGAUUCUAUCAGUCAACUAGACUGGAAACAGUUACCCAAUCAACUUUUGGCUCUGGGACCAAAUCAGACGGGACCAAACAUGCUCUUCUGUCGGCUGCAAUCCAACUGUUUUCCAGUGUUUACAUCUUGGGGUCAGGAAAUCAGUUUCGCGAAUGGAAAAUCAUUCCAUGUAGAACGACGGAACGAUCGCGGCAUUUCGUUGCCGCUAAUCAGCUACGGAAAAGCGCUCCUCCGAGGUUUUCAACUUGCUACUGAACGCGGUCCACUCUGCGCCGAGCCAAUGCGUGGAGUCAUGUUUAUGUUGGAAGAGAUCUUUGCCGAUGAUUGUUGCAUUUUGGAUACACCCAGACUGAUGGAAGCCACCGAUACUGUAACGACCGAUGGUGAUACCAAAGCGACAGAAGCCAUUGACAUUGUGGGUUCUCUUGAAACAGCCCAAGUGGACGUAGAUGCUACCAAGGACGAUGCGAUAAAAAAACGUCGAAGAGCACCGCGCCUGACCUCCAUUUCUUGGUUGGAUGACGAUUCGGAUGGUCAGUUUGAGAACGAUGAUGAUAAUCUGGACUUUGACCCGGUGGAUGAUUGGGACUGGCAAUCCGGUGACGAAACCGGCGAAGAGAGCCAUAAAUCGGAGUUUAGUCAUGAGUCGUAUGAAGCGGAGGACGAUGAUGCAUGUGAAAAUGUCGAGACAAAAAGACUGUUUGAAACGCUUGGUCGUAUAGGAGAAUUUCGUGAGGUGCAAGGGAAGGGUUUCCAACCACAACCCAAGACACCCACCCCGACCACAUUGAGGCUUUCAGAGGCAUAA